AUGCUCAAAAGACAAGCUGAAGCAGAUGCUAACAGGGAUAAAGCCCAAGUAAAGGGCAAGCCUCUCUGUGUUUCUGCAAGGCUGUCUGCUAAACUUGCUUUUCCAAAGCCAGAGCCCAAGCCUAAAAAGGUCCCUGAUGAUAAGGAAGAAAAGAUAACCAAAAGGGAAAGGGGGAGAUCAGAUGUUGGCAAGCAUGGGAAUAAUCAUGCAGAAAAUGGAGAUGCCAGAAUGGACCAGGCACAAAAAGCUGAAGGUGCUGAGGAGGCCAAGUGA